GGAAGUUGUGCUCAAAUGAGCUCUAUUGCUGUUGAGAGCAGCUCUUCAGAACUGCAUGGGUUUCUCUGGAGUGCACGUCCCUUCUCGCAUCAACUCUUCUUAUCUCCAUCAUGAUAAACACAUUUCACACAAGCUACAAUCCUCCGCCGGUGCCUCCACGGGCAGGAUACACCAGACCUCCACUGCCAAGCAACACACCUUUAGUCAAGUUUUUAUCUGUGAUGCUACUACUUCUCAUGAUGCUGACCUUCGGAGGUUUUCUUUACCUCUUUCAAAAACUCAAUGUGGCUACAUCAACAAGUCCACAACAAGCAGCGGCUAGGAUAGCUGAAGCAUCACAUUACAAAAGGCCAGCAGCACACAUGUAUCGUCUGAAAGAACGAGUACCUAAAGAUGGCAGAUUUCCAAACCAACAACUUGUUUGGGAUGAAGAACAUUCACUGCUGAAUGCUGUUCGCAGUACAGGGGACACAUUGAUUAUUCCACAUCCUGGACUCUACUUUAUCUAUUCCCACGUCACGUUCUCCAGAAAUUCUAGCAGUUCAUUGAAGCAGGGCAUAUGGAGCAAAUUACCCAAUAAAGACAACGACGACGUUGAGAUACUUAGAUCUUAUUGCAGCUUGAAUCCAAGCAAAGUAGAUUUAUGUACUGCCUCUCUGUCAGGAGUGAUUCGUCUUCAGGAAGGACAACAGCUCUAUGUUAAAGUAACAAACACAUCUUUGCUGAACAAGAACUCGUGCAGUUUUGGAUUAUUUAAAAUACAGGAAUGAACUUUUCUGAAUGGUCAAAGGGAGAACUGACAAAAUGAGAUCAUCAGGUGACUGACUGGAUCGCAGAGACACUAUCAUGGCGGAUAUUGAACAUGACAUUAAACUGAAGACAUGACCAAUGAUAAACAUUGCAUACAUCACUCUCUUAUUAUUUAUAUGUCAUCAUCACAAUCUAGGCAAGGAAUUCUAAAUGGAAUUCUCUAUGGAAAUGGAAAUAUUUAAUCAAGAAUUUCAUGGCUCAAUUAUGUUGUUAGUUUUCAAAUACAACCUGAUAAGAAUACUAUGAAUGUCUUCAUCCUAUAAAUGCUAGUGUUUGUACUAAAUUAUUUAUUGCUUUUAUAAGAUUCUUUUUUUACUGUUUGCUAUUUUUUCUUGAAAUAAUAAUAAAGUAUUAUCCAUAUUUAUUCAGUGAUACUGACACAAUUAUACU